CGUUCGUUGAGCGAAGUUCUCGUGUACGUACCUGCAUCAGUGAGCUCCGUGUUUGUUCGUUGCUUGAUCUUGACUCCAGGUCCCUUCACCGCCGUUGUUCGCGCCACCGCCGCCGUGCUUGUGUGUUCCUCCGCCGUUCGGAUACCGUCGUCGUCGUUGUUGAAGAAAGUGUGUUUUCGAACAGCAGUGCUGCAAUAACAACAACAACAACAACAACAACGAAAAAUUGUGCACGCUAAUUGGUGUGGCCCCGGUGAUUGAUGAUCACGCAAUCGUGUUAGUGAAGAUAUAGUUAUAGCAAGUUGAUUUUGUUCCGGUGCGUUUUUGACUAACUCAAGUGAUUUGGGACGAGUUAAUCGGCUUGUGAGUGAAAAAAAAAGUUUGUGAAACUGAGUUCAGCCGCGAAACAUUCGGCGCCCAAAACGCGGCAAGUGAAUUUUAUGUGAUUGUCGGUGCAAAUAAAAGUUACAAAAUUUCGACCUACAAAAUGCCGACGCUCCAACCGCGGAUAGGAUUCAGUAUUGACUCUAUAGUGGGGAACAGUACGCCCAAGUCGCCGCCUCACGCGAUCACCAAGGUGGACAAUUUGCAGCGAUCGCCCAGUCCGCCGCAGUCCUACUCGGUACGGUUGAAUCGGUUGCAGAGUCUUUCGCCGCCCCACAACUACAGCAUCACCCGGCUUCCAGAAUCACCGCAGAGCAUCCCGGAGACACAGACCCGUUUGGAACUUCAUCAUAAUACCAGCCCAGCUCUACAGGCCCGGUUAACUCCCGACGAUCACCCGUCUGCCAAACGAUCACGAAGCUCAUCGCCUCCGUCUUCUCCAUCUGGGCCGAUGCCUACGGUAGGAGCUCCCGGACCUAUCGUCGUGCCUGGACUACCGGCCGGACUGAUACGACCCUUCCCCGUGAGCCCUCCUCAGCAUCAACCUUCUCAGAAUCCGGACAUCAAGUCCCUGCCGCCGUUCAUGCACACUCCGGAGAUGGUCCAAGCAGCUCACAAUCAGCACUUCCUAGCCGCCCAGUUCCAAGCAGCCGCUCUGGCACAUGCCCAAGCCGGACAACCCUUCCCACCGCACCCAGCCGCUCAUAUGCACAACCCAAAUCUGCCACCGCGGGAUAGCUACCCUCUGUAUCCGUGGCUGCUCAGCCGGCACGGUCGUGGCGUCUUCCCCAUCGGAUUCCCUGGCAACUACCUUAUCCCGUUCCGCAAAUCGAAACGCGUCCGGACGGCAUUCUCGCCCUCGCAACUGCUGAAACUGGAACACGCCUUCGAGAACAACCAUUACGUGGUCGGUGCGGAGCGCAAGCAGUUGGCCCAGAAUCUCAACCUCUCCGAAACGCAGGUCAAAGUCUGGUUCCAGAACCGGCGCACCAAGCACAAGCGCAUGCAGCAGGAGGAGGGCAAAUCGGGCGAGUCCAGCGAUCAGAACCGUUCGACCUCGAGUCCGGCGUCCGGCGGAAGCUGUCCGACGGAAGACGACGAGGAUGAGUUCAUCGAUAUGGACGACUGCCCGAGCGACGAGGAAAACAUGCAGCACAAUGCGUGAGGGAGAGCCACUCCGGAUUUGUUGUCGUCGCUGUAAGCUGUGCCAAAUAGACUACCACUACCUACUUACCCAAGGGAGCUCCAUGUGUACACACUUCAGUACUCCUACGGGCUCGAUGAUGAUGAUGAUUGAUUGCCGGAGUGCGUGUCCCCGUGGAUGGCUGUGUGCGCCGUUGUAGAUCUUAAAUCGUUCAAUUAAGGAAAUCAGACAGCAGAGAGAGAGAAAGAGAAAUAGCAUUUGUUUAAAAACCGUUCCAGGAGCUGCAAUUUGUACCAGUGAUUGUUUUCUAGCUAUGUAGGCAUAUUUGUUUAAUUUUCAAUUCAAAUAUAAGCGAGAGAUUUUAUUUUAUCAUUGUUCUCAGUAAACAUUUCCCGUUGGCGCCGAGAUAGGAAGCAGAUAGUGAGACAAACCGAUGUAUGUAACGAUAGGAAAUCUGUAUUAAAUGUGUAUAUAAUGAGUACUUAAUAGCUAAAUAAUAACAGGAGGCUUAAAUUGACUGUAAUUUAAUUUUUAUUCUGCUCAUUUCGAACAACGAUCGGUGGAACCCUCUUCCGCACCCUUCUGGAUGAGAUAGUAGUUUAAUUUAUGUAAACGUCGCCGGGCGGUCGGUCGGCCACAAUCUGGAAGCUGGCCAGCAGAUGAUGAUGAAUGUGUUGUAGAUUUAAGCGUAUCGUAUAUCAUAAGUGGCGCGAUGUCAUGAUGAAUAAAUGGAAGAAAAUCGUUUGUAAAGCAAUUACCUACUACCAUUCUUGUAGAAUUUUCAUUGAUGAUGACCGGGCAGAUGAAUAGUUACAUUGAAAUAAACACAGUAUUCUAUAUGAAAUCGAA